AUGGACUAUUUUUGGAACAGAAAGACUAAGGACGAGCGCAAGGAAGGGAACGAGCAGAGGAAAACCCAUAAGAAGAUUGAGAAGCAACUGAAGAAGGACGGGCAAGUCUUUAAGGCCACGCACCGUCUCCUCUUGAUGGGCCUUGAGAAAUCUGGCAAAAACACCAUGCUCAAACAAAUGAAAAUCUUGCAUGGGGAUGGAUUUAGUGGCGAGGAGAGGAAAAUGAGAACGCAGGACAUCAAAAACAAUAUUAGGGAAGCUAUAGAGACAAUAGUCAGAGCCAUGGGGCGCCUGGAACCUCCAGUGGAGCUGGUGAACCCAGAGAACCAGUUCCGCAUUGACUAUAUUUUGAAUGUAUCCAGCCAGCCAGAUUUUGACUUCCCACCCGAGUUCUACGAACAUACGAAAGCACUUUGGCAGGACGAAGGCGUGAAAGCUUGCUUUGAGCGUUCACAUGAGUAUUGCUUGAUUGGUUGUGCACAGUAUUUUCUAGACAAGCUCAACAUCAUCAAGCAAGAAGAAUAUACGCCGUCCGACCAGGAUCUUCUCCGAUGCAACUUUCGACCAUCCAGGAUCCCUGAAGCCAAGUUUCAAGUGGACAAAGUAUAUUUGCAUCUGUUUCUUUUGGAUGGGAGAUGGCAUCGCCGAAGGUGGGUACAUCUUUUUGAUAAUUUGACGGCUAUUCUCUUCAUGGUGGACAGCAGUAGCUACAACUUACAGACUAUUCCAUGGAUGGAUGAGACUAACAAAUUUAAGGAGGAAUUACAGAUAUUCAAUUUUGUCUUGUGCAACAGAGAUAUGAAGAUGCUUUUCAGUCCUUGGCUAGAGACCUUUACGUUCAUUGUUUUCCUGAACAAACAGGAUUUGCUAGCAGAGAAAGUCUUGGCAGGGAAACAUAAACUGGAAGACUACUUUCCACACUUUUCUCACUAUACCACCCCCGAGGACGCAAUGCCGGAGCUUGGUGAGGAUCGUCAAGUUACGAGGGCCAAAUAUUUUAUCAGAGAUGAAUUUCUUAGAAUGUGUUUUCAUGAGAAGCACAGCUACUAUACUCACUUUACAUGUGCAGUGGAUGCAGAAAAUGUUCAGAGGGUUUUCAAUGAUUGUGGGAAAGUGAUUCAACGGAUACACUUUGGGCAGUAUAAGUCAUUGUGAUGGAGAACGUUUAUCUGUUCUGGAUUCCUGAUUAACACCAUGUUUCUUAAUAUCACGUUGUACGUAGAAAUCUUACGAACUAAAUCCGACAUACGAGGCAGAACUGAUGUUUUGCACAGCUCCAAUAUGUACCGUAUAUACUCGAGUAUAAGCUGACCCGAAUAUAAGCUGAGGCACCUAAUUUUACCACAAAAAA